AUGGGCCGCAUAUCCGUAAAAACACACAAAUUCGUUCGUGGAAAAGCACUCCGUGAUGGUAAAUGCUUAUACUGGUCGGCUCUAAAAGUAUUUAAGCAAAAGAUUAGCUGUGCACGUAAUGAAGGUUUACGCAUGCUUAUAGCCGAUUGGAUUCGUAACAAUCGAGAACUGCGUAUUGAAGCUGUGCGUAGUGGUACUGAAUAUAGAACCAUUAAUGAAUAUUGUUUGGCUAUUGAGAAAGGAAUACUAUGGGGUGGACCUCCUGAACUUCUAGCAUUGUCUGAGAUCUUUGAAAUAGUAAUUUGUUUAAUUUAUGUGACAAAAUCUCAGGGAGAUAUAUCUAUAUGGCCUAUUUUCUAUGGUGAAAAGAAUCCAUUAGCAACAACAUAUGUUUGCAUAUUAUACGAUGGAAAACAUUAUGAUCCAUUGUAUGUGAUUAAUACAGAAAACAUCAGUGAUGAAGAAACUGUCUUCGAACGUAAUAACACGACAGUCAAAGAGUUACUGAAGAAUUUUAUUCAAGAAGAAUUUGAAUACGAGAAUAAUAUAAAUUUAGAUAUUUUGACACCUGUUGUUGUCGAGGAAGUAUCAUCUGAAAUGAAUGGUAUUGAUUCACAAGAGUUUCAAAAAAUAUCGAGUUCAGUUGUUCAAGAUGUGUCUGUAAAACGUAAAGCAGAUGAAUGUGAUACUAUUGCAUUUGGUCAAGACAAUCAAAAACAAAUAUUGUUUGAGUUACCCGAGAAAUAUUACGUUUCGAAUAAACGAGUGAAAUCGAGUGCCACUGCUAGUGGUCGGAUCUCUACAUUUGAUAGUAAUGAUACGAAUGCAAUGACAAUAGAAAAACUUUUACAAACGAAUAUGUUUGAUAGCAAGCCUGAUGAUGAAUUAAUGGAACAAACAUCUAGCAAUGAAUGUUCAAUUAUUUCCAUUGACGCAAAUCAAACACAAGAAAAGAAAUAUAUUAUGCCAUCCAGUGGUUUGAAUGAUCAAUGA